AUGGGCUUACGCCUCCUUGCUGUUCAGCAGCGGGCAUUCCUGCGGGUAGUCCGCAGCGCGUCGGCUGCUGCGCCACAGAAAAAACUGCCAGAAAAGGUUGAACCAACGACACCGGAACUAGCAGAAGAAAUUAAGCGCUGCUAUUCAAAUCUCGACUUAUCUUUCGAAAACACGAAAGAAGCAUUCAAGGUGAGGUUCUUGUUGGACUGGUCUGAUUUUUAG